UUAAUAAGUACAAUCAUACUACAUAUAUUUUAUUAAUGGAGAAUUAAAGUUAUUGAUGAUUAAAGUUAUGCAUUGACAAUCGGUUAAAUAAAACAGGUCGAGUAAAAAGAACGAAAGAAGUAGCCUAUAGUAUUAACUUCUAUCAUAAUAUCCCAAAAAGGCUAAAAGCAAAAAAAUAAACACACACAUGUCCUCCACGGAUUAAAAAUGACAAAUUUUGCCAUUUAAUAAACAAAUUUGUUUAUCAAAAUGAUAAAACUGGGCUUCCUCAAUCUCUAAUUCUUCACUUAUAAAACACGACAUUAUAUCACUAUUAAACCCUAACUAUAAAACAUGACAUUAUAUCAUAAUUAAACCCUAAACAAUUCUUUUUAUUAUCACCAAAACCUAUAAAUAAAUCCCCAAACUUUAACCCCCAAAAUCUUGAAUUUCCAUCAUCUAUCAUCAUCAAUAUUCAAUCAUGGUGGUAAAACGCACAGAUUUCAAAUCAAUCCUUCCUUUUCUCCCGCCAUUAACGCCCCAACAAUCUGCCUCAAGCUCAAGCUCGCUCGCAUGGCCGAACCACCAAGUCACCGAUGCUCUGCAACAACUCGCGCAGGGUCCGACUCAGAGCCGGGUCAACUCAGGCGAACGCCUCUUCGCUGCAAUUUCCCGGAUCAGAGGUUCUCUCCCUCUUUCUUCCAAGGAUCGAUUGGCCAAAUCUACUGCUGUUGGGUUUGCCAAAUUCUUCAGUGAGAUGGUUUCGGAAGAACAAUCUCGAAGAUGGUUCGAAGAUGUUGUGCCCAAAAUGGGGGAUUUGGUUUUGCGAUUGCCGGCGCUUUUGGAAGCGCAUUAUCGUGAAUGUGAUAGUGUUGUUUCUGGGGUUUCUACUGGGCUUCGAUUGUUGGAACCCCAGCAACCUGGAAUCGUGUUUUUGAGUCAGCUUAUUGCUGCUUUGCUGUCAUGCUCAUUCUUUUGCUUGUUUCCAACUCUUAAUAGAAAGGCCAAACGUAUGAAAGCGAUCAACAUGGAUCAAAUAUUUUCGAGUCUUCAUGAUAGCUAUCAUGCAAAGCAAGAGAACAAAUUGAAGUGCAUCACACAUUAUUUUGAGAGGAUAUGUUCGUCAAGACCUUCAAAUUAUGUUUCCUAUGAAAGGAAGGUUCUCUCUCCGGAGCAGAACCCAUCUGUUGUUCCUCUUCCUUCAACUGAUUUUUGGGCGAAUUCUGCGGCUCCCCUUUGUGAGUUUAAGAUUUUCCCUACAGGCAAGAUAGAGCACCAUCCUCCAGGGUCUCUGGAAGUCGAUUUUGCAGAUGAAUAUAUAGGAGGACUUGUUCUGACCAAGGGGUGUGUCCAGGAGGAAAUUCGUUUCAUGAUGAAUCCUGAAUUGAUUGUUGCUAUGCUUUUUAUGCCUUCCAUGUCAGAGAAUGAGGCAAUAGAAAUGGAUGGUGCUGAAAGGUUCUCAAAUUAUAGAGGGUAUAAUGCUUCAUUUCAAUAUACUGGUGAUUACAUAGAUAGAAGGGGAGUUGAUGCUUUGCGGAGACGUGUGUCAAGAGUUAUUGCAAUAGAUGCACUGCGCAGGGCAGGAACAAAGCAGUAUCAGAGUGAAUUUCUCUUGAGGGAGGUUAACAAGGCAUUCUGUGGGUUCCUGGAUCAUUCUGAGUAUCUGCAGCACCAGCAAACGGUGCCUGGAUGCAAUGGUGGUAUUGUUACUGGAAACUGGGGCUGUGGUAUUUUUGGUGGAGAUCCUCAAAUUAAGUCAAUGAUACAGUGGGUUUCUGCAUCUCAGGCUUCCAGACCUUUUGUCUCGUACUAUACAUUUGGAUUGGAUAAAGUGAAAAAUUUGGAUCAGGUGGUUGAAUGGAUUGUGUCUCAAAAAUGGACUGUUGGAGACUUAUGGAACAAGCUGGUCGAGUAUGGUGUUCAGCGGGAUAGUAUAAAGAAGAUUGGUUUCUUUUCUUAUCUGCUUCCUUCUCUAAAGGAAGAGUCUGCCAGUUCCAAACACCGUCGUGGCAGUGAUGCUGAAGGGGAUUCUCGUGGCCGUGGCCGUGGCAGAUUCAAGAAAUGAACAGUGGCAGUGGACUGGCGGUCUGAUGGAAAUUGGAAAAAUCUUAAAUCAACCUCGUCAAUAUACAUACAAUACAGUAUAUGAAUACGUAUUUCCAUAAUUAGGUGCUACUUUUUAUUUUUAUUUUUAUUUUGGUCGUAAAUAAUUCAUAUCAACUGAAUAGAUAGGCCUAGGAGUAAAUUUAGCUGUUAACUGCAAAAAAUGUGUUUGUAGUUGAUGUUUCUAUUCAAAGUAAAAAAUUUGAAUAGAAUCGAUUUGUCUUAGAGUUAACUUUGAUUUGAGAAGGCAAAUAAAUUUAGAAUAAAAUUACAAAUCAAGCUGAGAUUCUGAGACCGAAAAUUGAAACAUGAAAGGAGUUGAAGGCUCUGCUAGAUAUGCUGAGAAAAUACAAGUUUCUCAACCUAUUAAAAGGGCUAUUUAUGUUAUUUCAUUGGUUUAGUAUGAGAUUGGGUUUGCUUUAGUCUUUGAUUUCUAGAACAGGUUAAUGGUUUGUACUUUUUGUUGACUUGGCAACUUUUCUUUGUUGGAGAAUAUUGAUUUAUUCUCAUUUCUAUUGAUUGAUGCUU